CCGCCCCUUUCCACUGGGCCAGGUAAUGGCUGCUACAGAGGCUCAGGGGCUUGGUGUGGACCCCCGGGAGGAUGAGGUCUGCGGGAUCCGCGGCGUCCGUGGCGAAACUGGGCACAUGGAUCAUGAAGACAGUAAAGACUGUAUCCUGGAGCCGCUUUCCCUGCCAGAGAGUCCAGGUGGCACCGCCGCUUUAGAAGGGCCUCCAUCUGUGCCUUGUAUUUUCUGUGAAGAACAUUUUCCCGUGACUGAACGAGACAAACUUUUGAAGCACAUGAUUAUCGAGCAUAAGAUUGUCAUAGCUGAUGUCAAGCUGGUUGCAGAUUUCCAAAGGUACAUUUUAUAUUGGAGGAAAAGGUUCACUGAGCAGCCUAUCACAGACUUUUGCAGCGUGAUAAGAAUCAAUUCCACAGCUCCAUCUGAAGAACAAGACAACUAUUAUUUGCUAUGUGAUGUGUUACCAGAAGAUAGAAUCCUCAGAGAAGAGCUUCAAAAACAGAAGCUGAAAGAAAUUCUGGAUCAGCAACAGCGAGAGCGAACUGAUACAAGCUUUCAUGGUGUGUGCAUGUUUUGCAGUGAGGAAUUUCGUGGAAACAGAUCUGUUCUGCUGAACCACAUGGCCAGAGAGCAUGCUUUCAACAUUGGUUUGCCAGACAACAUUGUAAACUGCACUGAAUUCUUAUGCACAUUACAGAAGAAACUAGACAAUUUACAGUGUUUGUACUGUGAGAAGAUCUUCAGAGACAAAAACACACUUAAGGAUCACAUGAGAAAAAAGCAGCAUCGUAGGAUCAAUCCAAAAAACAGAGAAUACGACCGAUUCUACGUCAUCAAUUACUUGGAACUCGGGAAGUCAUGGGAGGAGGUGCAGUCGGAAGACGACCGGGAGCUGCUGGACCUUCAGGAAGAUGACUGGUCCGAUUGGCAGGAGUACCCGGUCUCUGCUGUCUGUCUGUUCUGUGAAAAGCAAGAGGAGACAAUAGAUAAACUGUACGUGCACAUGAAGGACGCACAUGAGUUUGAUCUCCUCAGAAUAAAGUCAGAGCUCGGAUUAAAUUUCUAUCAGCAAGUGAAGCUGGUGAAUUUCAUCCGAAGGCAGGUUCACCAGUGCAGGUGCUACAGUUGCCAUGUAAAGUUUAAAUCCAAAACAGACUUAAGGACUCACAUGGAAGACGCUAACCACACCUCACUGCUUCCUGACAGAAAGGCGUGGGAUCAACUGGAGUAUUAUUUCCCCACCUAUGAGAAUGAUACUCUCCUGUGUACACUGUCUGACAGUGAAAGUGACCUAACAGCUCAAGAGCAAACUGAAAGCGUUCCCAUCAUCAGUGAAGAUACAUCCAGACUGUGUGCUUUAAAACAGAGCAGUGUUCUCAACCAAUUGCUACUCCAGGGAUGCCUGGAAAACUAGGAGAAGCUGCUGCAGACGCAGUGGACAGGCUGCUGUGGACCAGUGUCGCACCAUUUCCUCCUGUAAGACACAGACAAGAGAAGAGGUCAGAUUUGACCAUUGACACAGCACUAUUCAUUGCUGAAAUCAUGGUUGUUCUUAAUGAAAAUGUUUUCAAGAAAUAAAGAAGAAAAAUAAAAUGUGUUGCUUGUA